UCCCGCUCUCCCGCCAACCUCGCUCUCCCUCUGCAUCCCUCUCUCUCUCUCUCUCUCUCUCUCUCUCUCUCUGAGUCAAUUUCACAUGAAACGUAACCCUUUCCGUUCAAUCGAGCUCGAUCAUUAAUGUCGUUUCCACCCAGUUGAAGGAGGAUUCGAAUGAUGAGAUUGACAUAGUAACGAAAAAUGGAGUUUUCUGCACUCAUUUCUAGGGUUUGAGCUCAGACCUCCACCGCGAUUUUGAUAAGUAAAUGUCAGGCCACGGUCUCAGCUCCUUCAGGGGGACACCACCGGGGGUCCUGCUCAUCAGGAGGCUCCGGGGAGGCAAGGACUGGACCCUCACGACCUACAGGUACGUCGUCCUGCUCGUCACCUUCAUCGCCUACGCCUGCUACCACGCCUCCCGGAAGCCCAGCAGCAUCGUCAAGAGCGUUCUCUACCCCGAGCCCGACCGGAAUUCGUCCUCUGCCUCGUUCUCGUGGCCAGUGGGCGCCGUGUUUGUGAAAGACGAGAUCUCGGGAGGCGGGUUCGGGAGCGGUGGCUGGGCCCCGUUCAAUCAGGCCGAUGGGACGUCGAAACUGGGGGAGAUUGACGUCGCGUUCCUCGCGUGCUACUCGCUCGGGAUGUACGUCGCCGGGCAUUUGGGGGAUCGGCUGGAUCUGAGGCUGUUCCUGACCUUCGGGAUGAUAGGGAGCGGGAUCUUCGUGGGGCUGUUUGGGAUGGGAUACUUCUGGGAUGUUCAUGUGUUCAUGUUCUACCUGGCUAUGCAGAUGGCGGCGGGGCUGUUUCAGGCCACCGGCUGGCCCUCUGUGGUGGCGGUGAUCGGGAACUGGUUUGGCAAGAGGAAGAGGGGCCUGAUCAUGGGCGUGUGGAACGCCCAUACCUCGGUCGGUAACAUAAGCGGGUCCCUCCUUGCGGCCUGUGUGCUUGACUACGGGUGGGGAUGGUCGUUUAUUGUCCCCGGAGCAUUGAUUGCGCUGGGAGGGGUCCUAGUGUAUUUGUUCUUGGCUGCUUAUCCCGAGGAUGUGGGGUUCCCCUGUGCGAACAAUUCCGGUGGGAACAAUGAGCCGUGUGCGGCUGAUGAGGAAUCUCAGGCCCAGAAAGGACGUUCGGAUGUUGAAAAUAUUGGGGCGCGCUCUGUUUCCGCGUCUUCGCAGGGUUCGGUGAGCAAGAGAAGCGUUGGGCUCAUAGAAGCUUGUCAGAUCCCCGGAGUAAUUCCUUUCGCGAUGUGCCUCUUCUUCUCAAAGCUCGUGGCAUACACCUUCCUUUAUUGGUUGCCCUUUUAUUUAAGCCAAACAGCAAUAGGCGGAGAAUAUGUUUCGGUAAAGUCUGCAGGGAACCUCUCUACCCUGUUCGAUGUAGGGGGCAUAGUUGGAGGAAUCCUUGCAGGUUACAUUUCUGAUAAGCUCAAUGCUCGAGCCAUAACAGCAGCGAGCUUCAUGUACCUCGCGAUACCCUCAAUGCUGCUGUACAGGACGUUUGGGAGUGAAUCUCACCGUGUCAACAUCUUGCUCAUGAUGGUUGCGGGGCUUUUCGUGAACGGCCCUUACGCACUGAUCACGACCGCUGUUUCUGCCGAUCUUGGGACCCAUGCUUCUCUCAGAGGGGACUCGAGGGCGCUGGCGACAGUGACUGCCAUCAUUGAUGGGACAGGAUCAGUAGGUGCAGCACUCGGCCCCCUUCUUACCGGGUUCCUAUCGAAACAAGGCUGGGAUGCAGUCUUCCAGAUGUUAAUGGCUGGAGCUCUUGUCGCGGGACUGCUCUUAUCACCUCUUGUUGCAGCCGAGAUAAGGGAGAAGCUUCGGUCUUUUAUGGAGUUGACAACAGCGAGGCAGAGUGGUGGAGAUUCUUCAUCUCAGCCUCUUCUAACCAACAGAAUAAGUUGAUGUGCAUUCAACUGCAUGAAAGUUUCCAGAAACUCGAGGAUUCAAACUCGGGCCAACCUCUGCCUCAGAGACAGUCAAGUUCUCAGCUUCAGCUUGUGGCCUGUAUUUAUGAGUAGUUCGUUGUCUGGUGUGUGCUGCCACAUUACAUCAUGUAUAAUACGGAGGUGCCGCUACUUGUAUAUUUCCAAUACAUUUUGGGCAUGUGACCUGGAAGCAAGCAGUUCUCAGUGGGGUUUCUAACCGCGGAUUUUUUUUUUUUUGGUCCCUAGGUCAGUAGGUACAGUUAAAAAGGAUGGAGUUUUAUGUUUGAUCUCAGUCCUUUACAGCUUAGUUGGAUAAAAAUGUUUGUAGGCAUGACACGGCUCAAAAGAAGAAUAAUAAUAAUAAUUCCGACUUUGUCGA